ACUGUUGCAAUGGCGUUUGCUGCGACAGCAUUUUCCGGCAGAAGGGAAACUGAGGAGAAAGCAACGACAAACGUCGCUAGGAAAACUAUUAUCGCCAAUUCAACCUCCGGAUUUACAAAAUAAUCGACAAAGGGACUUGUGCUUUGUAUAUAUACCCUAUCGCCUUUUGGAUGAAAUUAUAUUUUACGGUUUCUAAACGUGAAUUCCCUCCCUUAAUGCAGUGGGAUGGCUGCAGUGCCGACUGGGCCUAGUAGCGCAUUGCCAGCAUCCCCGUCUGAAAUUACUCCCUUCCCCGGGGGUGGGAGCGUUGAGCCUGGGGAAGAGGAGGAAUCGGGCUGCGGUAGGGGGGGCUUGGUAACUUCUGGAAGCGGACAGCAGUUGCAGAGCAUCGAGGACAAACGGUCGAUCAAGAAAAACCAGAAAAACAUGCUGUCACACGCAAACCCGGCAGCGCUACACCUCAAAACGCAACCCCAUGAGCAGCAGUUGAACGGCUUGGUCAGUCCGUCGGAAGAUGGUGUUAGCCACAGCAACCAACACACAGACGAUCGACCUGACAAUCCGAGACCGUCCACAGAAAACUGUGACAGCAGUGGCGAGGGAACUACGAGCGAUAAAAACAAUAGCGAUCAUUGCCACCAUGAGGACCACGGUCUCUGUUCGAAAAACAGCAACCACCCUCACUUGAACAACAAUAGCAUGAACGGUAUGCUGACUUUUACACGAACUGAGACUGUCCAAAGCCAUCCAGGAACUGGCGCUUUUCCCGGUAACGAUAGGAAAGCGGAAUGCGACCCAACGGAACCCCCGAGACCACCGGUCGAGCCCCCAGAUCGUGAAGGCCUCGAUGCACCACGGUCUGGAGUUGGAGGCGAACCCAACUCAACACAGGAGCCCCCGGUGUCAGAACUGGGUAGGCUCGAUCUCAAUUGCUCGCCAGGCCGAGUAGAGGAAGAAAGCAAUGGAAUUCAUUACGUCCGCUACGAAUCCGAAUUACAGAUGCCAGGAAUCAUGAGAUUGAUAACCAAGGACUUGUCUGAGCCUUACUCAAUUUACACGUACAGGUACUUCAUCCAUAACUGGCCGCAGCUCUGCUUUCUGGCCAUGGUGGAACAAGAGUGUGUUGGAGCCAUAGUGUGUAAACUGGACAUGCACAAGAAGAUGUUCCGUCGUGGCUACAUCGCCAUGUUGGCCGUGGACUCCAAACACCGGAGGAAAAGCAUAGGUACUAACCUGGUGAAGAAGGCCAUCUAUGCUAUGGUAGAAGGGGACUGUGAUGAGGUGGUGUUGGAGACUGAGAUCACUAACAAGUCAGCGCUGAAGCUGUAUGAGAACCUGGGCUUUGUCAGAGACAAGCGGCUGUUCAGAUACUACCUGAACGGUGUGGACGCGCUGCGGCUCAAACUGUGGCUGCGCUAGAGGGAGGGGGAGAGGGAAGAAAAGGGGAUGGGGGGGUGGUAAUGGUGGACCACAGGUGCUGCCCAGUUCUCACAGUAUCAACUCUUCAGCCUCACCCAAGCCCAGGCCUCCAACUGCACUCACAGACACAUCGCACACCACCCACACACACACAUGCACAAAACUCACAGACAUUUACAAUACAAAUAAACAUGCUACACAGGUUACAAAGGCAGAUACAUAUACACAUUUAAACACACACACUUCUUAGAAGGACUCUUGUCAAGGCUGAUGCAGACCUAAAUCACACCAAAUGUUUUUAUGAAGAGGCCCCUGACAGCUGUAGAACCCGGAGAGUGGAGGAGCGGAAUGUGAGGGGGUCAAAGGUGACCUAAACGGAGGUUUGACUGCCUCUUUUGACCUUCAGACUGCGACCCCACAUGGAUGAGGAAGUGAGGCGGGUCAGGUGAGAGCUAACGGGCCUGUUGGAGGACUCGGCUCAACACCAUGUCGUCUGACUGAGUGCAAACAGGAAGUGUGGGGGGAAACGGACUUGAAGGAAAUAUUUGUGGAGUUUAUUUUUGUGUUUCCUUUUUUAAUCUCAUGAUUCAAACAGGGAUUGGAAAAGCUAUAGUGCGAGUGUGUGUGUUUGUACGGCCUUGUGGUUUUUGAAAAAGUGAGUGUGUAGCCUGUUUCUUGUGUGUAUGGGAUGUGGUGGGGUUGCCCGGGUGUGGGUGGGUGUUUGUGAAGCUGUAUUGUGUGUGUGUAUGUGUGUGUGUGUGAGUGCAUGCUUGGGUGGGAAUCAUGAGUUGAUGCGCUUCUGUGUGAUGUUAAUCUCCCUGAGUCAGUGUCCCUGUUGCCCUUGUUGUGAAACAAACGAAGCAGUGGGUCGCAGGCUGUUACGUUGUCUCUUUCUGCCUCAGCCCCAGAGCUGGCGACUGGAAAGAUAUGCAUGCAUUUAUUUUAACAUGAGUGAAGGUAUGAGUGAGUGAUAGUGUGUUGAUUAACACUGAGAAAGAAAGCCCCGUUACACCGCCAACUGUCCCCGCCAGCUCAACUACCUCUGUUUGCAUGUCUGAUUGGUGCAUUAAGUAAUUUCACAGAUCACACCAUGAUUCUGAUUGGAGGGCUUGCGGGAUCCAUUACCAUAUUGACAUUCCCUCAGAUAUGCAACCAGGAAGUAGUUGAGGGGCUCUGGCGUUGUCCACUUACAGAGCCUGUGUUUUGUCCUUUUUGCUGAUCAAAGCUAAUGUUUCCCAAAAUGCACUGCCAACCCUUGAAACACUACAAAGUCCCUUCUAAAGAGAGUGUAGAUGGUUUCAGAGGUGCGUCUUGACUUAAAGAGGAGUGUAGAUGUGGUGAAAUGUUGCUCUAUUGCAGUUUGGUCAUCGAGGAUCUCUAGUAUGCAGAUGUUUUCUCAGCACCACUUGUCCUUCAGUCAUGACCUCAGUAAUAUGGCCUCACGUCUGAUUCUGGUCUGCCUGGCAACCAGUCUGUCUGGAGCUAUAGUAUUAAAUAUGCUGGAUUCUAUUCAAUUUAGCUACUCUGUGUGUUUUCAUCCCUGGUAAAGAAAAAAAAAAAAGUAUUGUUAGCAGUUUUUAUUUAGUUUUUCUUUUUUUACUGCUCUGAGUUUAUUUAGAACACUUUACAGUGCACUCGCACACUUCUAAACUCCCCAUAGUGGCUGAGUUUAGUGUGCAGGACCCUUCUCUGAUGCAGAACCCAUCUACAUAUAAUUCACCUCCGACCCCCAAGACCUAAGAAAGAAUGACAAGACAGCUGGCAUUUCCUAUUCACUAAUUAUGGCAGAGAAAAUAUGCAUUUGCAGCUUUCUCUUUUCUUUCUUCAGAGUAAAUGAUCAAAGGUCAGAUGCACUUUGUUUGGCUGCUGCAAUCUAUAUGAGCAUAAGGGUGUGAAUGUGUGCGCAAGUGCGUGUUUUUGACUGGUGUGGCAUUAGCCCUGCUCCCCCUUCACUUCUGUUUUCCUCCCACUAGGGGGCCCUGUCAGUGUAUAUGUUUGCCUUUGCCCUUGCCCACCCUAAGUCUCUCUUGAUGUGAGGUCAUAGUAGAGUUGGGUUUUAACAAGAGGUAUGGCAAUCCUUUCACCUUCCAGGAUAAGGAAUAGGGACCUCUGCAUAAUAACAAACACUAGUUAGAUGAAAACGCUUCAAUUCCUGUGGCACUCCAAGGAAGUCCUGCCACCACCUCUAGAGAACUGCAGGAAAUCAGUUUCCACUGGUCCCAGGAUAAGAAGUGAGCACAGGGAUUAAUAGACUAUCCACCCAGCCAGCCAGCAGCCUGCGUAUGUCUGUGUCUGGCGUGUGUGUGUGUGUAUGUGUGUGUUUAGGUAGACGGAUCAGAUGACCUAUUGAUUUUGUUAUUGCAUAUUUGUAUGGGUGUCCUCUGUUAAUUUGAUAUUUGAGGGAGCACCUUUUUGUGAAUUUGUGCUUUGGGGUUUUCUUUUGAUUGAUUGACUGGUUUCUGUUUCUUUUCUCUGCUAAUUUUUGGACCCAUCCAGUGGUAUGGCUAGGAUGAGAUUGAGGAAGUGGGGAUUGAUGAUCUCAUGACAAGACCUGGAAGUGCUUGAUACUUACAAUCAACCACUCCGGUAUCUUUCCGUGAGUUUCAUUGUGCUGACGCAGGAUUGAACCUUAAGGCUUUGCUCUCUUGCUAGGAUUUCCUAGGGUGAGAUUUCAGAGUCGAUAAGGGGAAACAAGUCAUUGAGAAGAUCCUUUUGAUGAAAAACUGUACCCUUUUCUGAAAAACAAUUACAUCUAGUCCAGUCCCAUUGAAAAAGGUAUGAUGGACUCUGAUCCUUUCCUGUAACCCAAUAUGGUCCUUUCAUGAUAAUCAUUGAUACUUGCAAGGACAGGGAAAGGUAUCCACCAUAUUGGUCGUACCCCUCCAGUUCUUUGCCAUGAGUGCUCGUCAGAAGAGAAGAUGGUGUCAGGACACCAGACUAUUGGGGCACGAUAUUAGUAUUGUUCUGGACAAGUCCUUGCUACCGACCCUCCCUGCUAGUUUUCACAGUGCGAGUUCCUGGCAGUGCCAGUAGGUAUAUGGGCAUUACAGCCUGCUGUGUAAGGCCCCAAAAAACAACUGAGCUUUGACCACGAACACCAGUUGAAGGGCUUUGUCAUCACUCUGUUUUAUAGCCUUGGCCGUGUUUGGAUCGACUUUAUUAGAAGGAUACUCUUGACCUUCAAAACAGUAGGUUAUUAGAUGACUUGACAAGCCACUCCACAGUUCAGAUGUCGUAGCUCUGUCAUACGCCAGUGAGAGACUUGAGUUCUAUUGGUCCUGGCAAGCCAGCGUCCAAUAGAUUGCCUCCUGUCCCAGAUCCAACCCCUCCCUUGGGCCUUUCCACCAUCGAGUGUUUUCAAUCUUUUUAUUGGAUGCUCCCCUUCAGGCUCCUGAGAACGGGGCCUGUUUCUUGAGAGCCAACACAGGACUGAAUAGAUCGGCUGCUUCUCGCUAACUCACUGUGGCCAGGACCAGGCAGCAGGGUCUAGGGCAGGCCCCAGGAGGGAGGGGGCAGCCCUGAACCCAUCUGUCAAGUGUACUAAGGGAAGAGAAGGGGGUUUUGCAUGUCAGAGGUCUGUUACCCUGUCCCUCUUCCCGUCUCCUCCUUUGAUUUCAAUCUGAUAAUGUCCGACAAUAUCUUUUAUUUAAUGUGGAAAAAAAGAACACAGAAAUAAA